AUGUAUUUCAGUACGAUUCAUAAUUCUCUGAAGAUCCUUAGAUUGUGUGGAAGUGAUCCUAGAGAAGGCUAUGGCAAAGUUCAAUGUAUUCUUUUCUCAUUGAAUAUUAUGUGCUCCUUAAGUAUGGUCGUUUUAUUAAUUUUAAAGUUUUACAACAUGCAGAAAACAGUUACGGUCUCUGAUGUUACAGAUGCCGUCACUUGUCUAUUUUUAUUCAGUCAUGGAACGUUGAAGUUAUCAGCCAUGUUCUUCAAGAAGAAGAAUACUCGAGAGCUCCUCACCAAGAUGCUAGAAAAUUUCUGGAAUUCGGAUGACUUCAAACAAAGCUCUAUCCAAAAGGAAGUUUCGGAAGUUCACAAAUCGAUCAAAUAUACAAACAAUUUCAUAUUUGGUCUCCAUUUCUUCAAUGCCGUUGGUUUCCUGACGGGGCCACUACUAACGACUGACCCUAUACUACCUUUUGAUUGUUUUAGACCACAAUGGGCUGGAUACUAUGGUCUCCUGAUUUACGAGGAUAUAACAGCUAUCAUAUCGAUACUUUUUCCUAUUCUCUCCGUGGAUCUUUUUUUCAUGGGUCUAAUGAGAUUAACACAGAUUCAGUGGAAGUUAUUGAAUCACGAACUGUAUCAUACUUUUGAUCAUAUUCAUAUGAAAGAUGAUAGUGUUCAAGAAAAAAUCAAAUUGAAAAUCAAAAAGUGCGUGUGCCACCAUGAAUUUUUGAUUAGAUAUGUAGAGAAAAUUAAUGACACUUUUUCGACAUCGUUGUUCUUUUACAUGGUGAUAAUAGUUCUGAGUAUGUGUGUGGAGAUGUACAACGCAACUACUUUUUCCGAUCCCCAAAUUAUCAGAAGAGCUUUCGUGUACACUACCGCAGGAUGCACUGCAUUCAUGAUCUGUUUCUGCUACCCCUGCCAGGAUAUGAUUGAUGAGGCAACCAAAAUUAGUUCAAGCAUAUAUUUCAGCAACUGGUAUAAAUAUCCCGAGCAUUCGAAAUCUACCCAAAUGAUCUUGCUGAGAGGUCAAAAAACGAUGAACAUCAGAGCAGGUGGAUUUUUGGAAAUGGAUUUGAGAACAGGCUUAGCUACUCUCAAAACAAUGGUUUCAUAUUCAAUGUUCCUUCGAACAAUAAGUUCAAUGGAAAACUAAACACAUAAUUCACAACUGAACCGAUUUACCCAUUAUUGUUGAUGAACACCAACUAUCGGAUAUAUCAGAGUAUUGUGCACUUUCCAUUCUGAUAAUAAUGCCACUUUAUAGAAAAACUAUUUGCAAAUAAAGAAC